AUGGAAAACCUUCUCCAUGAGUACGCCCAGCGUAUAAAGGAUCUGGAGGCUACAAACGUGGCGUUACGCGAUAAACUGUUAGAGCAAGAAAAGUUGCGGAAGGUGUACGUCGAUGAUCUUAACACUAUGAAAUCGACUCUGGGAAACCUACAAGAUCUUCUCAUGAAGUGCCGUGCCGAUAUUCUCAGUCAAGAUAUGAUAAUGACGGCCUAUGAAACGAAAAGUGAGCACGGAAUCAGUGGCACCAUGGCGGUGGUCACUCUACAGGCACAGCUGGAAGUUUGUAAAAAUGAUUUGCAUGACCAACGAGCCGCCCAUGAGGAGCUGCUCAUCGAGAAAAAUCGAAUAACUUCCGAGAUGCAAAUGUUGCUACACAAAAAUCAUCAGCUAUCCAUGAACCAAGAACAGGCCAGGUAAGUUAGCACCGUUGCACCGUUUUUACCGCUAAAUUUCAACACGAUGUUUUAUGUCACCAGGGGAGACCAAACCAAGUUAUACGGCACAUCACCCGGGGUUUUUGAGCGGCAGAUUGAACCUUGCCCUCACUGCAACAACGUGUUUGGAGAUUUUCUUACGCUCGAAACGCACAUUAAAGAUUGUCCCGGACUUGAUUAUUAA